AUGAAUCAUAGAUACGGUAUCAAGCUUGGAGAGAAUCCAAAUACCUGGAGUCCAUAUCCAAUGGGUGCUUCUGGUAUCAGGCUUGGAGAAAAUCCAAAUACCUGGAGUCCACAUCCGAUAGGUGCUCCUGGUAUCAGGCUUGGACAGAAUCCAAAUACCUGGAGUCCAUAUCCAAUAGGUGCUCCUGAUAUUAAGCUUGGAGAGAAUCCAAAUACCUGGAGUCCAUAUCCAAUGGGUGUUCCUGAUAUUAAGCUUGGAGAGAAUCCAAAUACCUGGAGUCCAUAUCCAAUGGGUGCUCCUGAUAUUAAGCUUGGGGAGAAUCCAAAUACCUGGAGUCCAUAUCCAAUGGGUGCUCCUAAUAUUAAGCUUGGGGAGAAUCCAAAUACCUGGAGUCCAUAUCCAAUGGGUGCUUCUGGUGUCGGUGGCUCAUAUGGCGGCGCAUAUGGUGACAGAUACUUCUGA